AUGGGUGUUGAAAAAAACCCACCAAUAGAUAUAGACGUUGAAAAACUAUCAUCAGAUAAUGAGUCAGUUUCAAAUACAGGUUCUUCGACAAGUAACUCAAUAAAUGAUUUUAAAGCAAAAAUAAAUAUUGAAAAACAUGGUAUUACAAAAAGAGGUUUAAAUUCAAGACAUGUAAAUCUCAUGAUUAUUUCACAAUCAAUUGGAUCAGGAUUAUUUAUAUCUGUGAAAACUCCAUUAGUUACAAGUGGUUCAUUAGGAUUUUUUAUAGCUUUUGCAAUUUGGGCUUUUUUAGUUGUUUAUCCGUUAAUGCAAGCUGUUGGAAUAUUAUGUUGUUAUUUACCAAUAAAAGGUAGUUUUUUCCAUUAUUGUGCAAGAUAUGUUGAUAGUUCUUUAGGUUUUGCAGCUUCAAUGAUUUAUAUAUAUACAACAAUGAUGUUUGUUUGUUUAGAAGCAACAGCUGUUGCUCAAUGUAUAAGUUAUUGGACAAAUUUAAAUCCAGGAGUUUGGAUUACUAUAUGUAUUUUAUUAUAUUUAAUGAUGGGAUUAAUUGGUGUAAAUUAUUAUGGAGAAAUUGAAUUUUAUACAGGUAUAAUGAAAAUUUUAUUAAUUGUUGGUUUAAUGUUAUUUUCUUUAAUUUCAAUGUGUGGUGGUAAUUCAAAGGGAGAUGCUUAUGGUUUUAGAAAUUGGCAUCCUUUAUUUAAACCUUAUUUAGUUGAUGGAAAUACUGGUAAAUUCCUAGCAUUUUGGAAUUCAUUAUUAUGGGCAGCUUUUGCAGCAGGUGGUGCAGAUAAUUUAGCUUUAAUAGCAGGAGAAGUUAUAAAUCCAAGAAAAAAUGUUGCAAUGGCUGCUAAAAGAAGUUAUAUUAGAAUUUAUUUAUUUUAUAUUGGUGGUAUAUUUUUUUUAAAUUCAUUAAUUUCAGCAAAUAAUCCACAAUUAUUAGAUGCAAUGACAAAUGGUGGUGAAGGAGCUGCUGGUUCACCAUGGGUUAUUGGAAUUAAAGCUGUUGGUGUAAAGGGACUUGAUUCAUUAAUUAAUGCUUUAAUUAUGAGUUCAGCUUUUUCAUGUGGUAAUGCAUUUUUUUAUUGUUCAACAAGGUCAAUUUAUUCUGCUGCUAUAGCAGGUUAUUUACCUAGAUUUUUUGGUAAAUGCUUAAAAAAUGGAGCUCCUGUUUAUUGUGUUUUAUUAACAUUUGCAGUUUCUUUAUUAAGUUAUUUAAAUGUUUCAAAUUCAGGAACUGUUGUAUUUAAUUGGUUUGUUAAUCUUUGUGCUACUGGAAUAAUUUGUGCUUAUCUUUGUAUUUGGUGGAGUUAUUUUAAUUUUAGAAAAGCAUGGGAGAAACAAAAUAACAUGAAGAUGAAACAUUCUCAAUAUCCUUAUUAUUUAGGUCCAAAAUUUUUACAUCCAUUCAUGACUUAUGCAGGACUUAUAAUUACAGUAUUGGUAUUAAUUUUCAAUGGAUUUUGGAUUUUCUUUCCUGGAAAUUUUAAUGCUUCAAAUUUUUUAACAAGUUAUUUUGCUCCUAUAUUUUUAGUAUGUUUGUUUAUAUUUUGGAAAAUUUUAAAACGUACUAAAUUUAAAACAAGUUCAAAUGCUGAUAUUACAUCAGAUUUAAAAGAAAUUGAUGAAGAAUUAGAAGCUGAAAUUAAUGAACUUGAAAAUAAACCAAAGUCUAAUAACAAAUUUUUGAAAAUUGUUCACAAGAUUAACUCGUUUUUAUUUGAUUGA